ACCUUUCCUGGAAUUAUAAUGUCGCUAACAAUAUAUACUCAUUUUAUAAAAAGAAAAUCGUAGAAUUUGUAUCUUGCUAACAAUUCCAGCUAUACAGUAAUAUAAUGCACAUAAAAUAUUGCCGAAUUGCCCUGUUUCCAUGUUUGACAAACCCUACUCGAUACAAUUGAAUUAACAGUCUCUUUUCAUAAAUCAUUAUAGGUCAGACAUUUAUACCAGAACCAGCGUGGGGGGAGAGAUGUUACAGAUCAAGGAUGAAAAUUGAGGAAGCGAACACAUGCUGUGAAAUAAUCAAGGCCUUUAUCGAAAAGAAUGAAACAAGUGUGAAUAACAAAACGCCUGCUGGACUGAACCCACUCACUGUCGCUGUGAAGCUUGGAAGCACUUCUCUCGUCAAUUUCCUGCUUGAGAAGAAGGCAGACCCAAAUUGUAUGGAUCACAUGAAUGACACCCCGCUUUCCCUUGCACUGAUACGAAGGGACGAAAAAAUGGUCAGGAGUCUCAUCAAAGCUCGUGCAAACGUUAAUCACUGUGGUGUAUGCCCAGGGGGCAUUGGAAAGAGGCAGUCUUUGCUAAAUAGACUUUUGGAUGAAAAUGGAUACACAACACACUUAAGCAAAAGAGUACUAGUGAGCCUAGCACAAUUUCUGAUUGAAAAUGGAACCUCAGUGAAUCACGAUGAGGAAGGGAACGAUUCGCCUCUAAUUCAGGCAGUCAGACUUCCAUCCUAUGAUCUCGUGGAUUCCUUACUAGCACAUGGAGCAAAUGUUAAUCAUCCCGGAAAAAACAGAUCAACAGCUUUACACGAAUGCUUCAGAGAUGAGCUGUUAGUACUACAUCGAACUGACAGUUACGAGGAUAUGGACGUAAUAUGGAACAUGUCUGAAAGUGACGUACAUGUAUAUGGGGACCCUACCACAGACAUAUUUCAAUGUCUUAUAGAGGCCGGUGCAUCCGUGAACAGCCAGACCGACCAUGGAGACACCCCAAUACAUCUCGCGAUCAAGGGAAAUUACUUCGAGUUAACGUCGAAAAUGUUGAAUAAAGAUUUUAAUCCAAACAUACAGAAUUGUGACGGGACUACUUGCUUAAUGUUAGUAGUGAACAGACACCAUAAUCUAACCCAGCACUUGCUAAACAUUGGAGCGGAUCCAUCGAUUAAAGACAAUGAAGGAAACACCACUCUCCACCAUUUCUGCUCUGUGGCGAGGGAGACUGUGAUUCUGAACAUUCUGCUUAGGAGUGGUUCUGACAUCAAUGCUCUAAACAACAAAGGAUACAGUCCGUUGAACACUAUGAUCGAGGAAAAGGCUGUACUAAAUACGCAGGAUGUCCUGGAACUACUCGCCCAGAACGCUGAUCCAAACAUAUGUGUUGAUGGAGCCAAUUCUCCCUUGAUUAAUUCUCUGUUAAGGUGGAAGCUGACUAUUGCUGAAUGUCUACUAAACGCCGGAGUGAACGUGAAUCAUGUUGGGGAAUCGAGACGUACCGCUCUACAUACUCUUUUAAAUCUGCAAUUACCCGAUGGUAUAGAAGAUGAAGUUGUUGCCAUCGUAAGGUGUCUGCUGAUAGCAGCUGCAGAUGUAAACUUUGCUGACAUCUCAGGCAGACGACCUCUGGAAAUCGUUGUUGACUUAUCAAAGAAGAACUGGGAUGAAGUGAAGAUCCUAGAGUUAACUACAACGCUGAUUAAUCAUGGGGCGAAGUACAACGACUACGAAAAGGGAGACGACUCUCUCUUACACAUGGCCGUGGACAAUAGACUUCAGGAAGUAGUGGAUUUUCUGGUCAGAAAUGGCGCAGAUAUCAAUCAUCGGGGCAAAAACCAACAAAUUCCACUACAUCGAUAUACCUUAAAAGCCCGAAAAAGUGAAUUACCUUUCGCAGACCGACGCCUGUUUUCACACCAAAAACCUCUAACAAUAAUGGAUAAUUUACUCUGCAUGAUUGAGGACCCGGAUGUAGAGGAUGAAUACGGUGAUACGCCGUUGAAUCUCGUCAGUCAUAUACACACAGACGACUUCCGGAAAUUGUUGAAAGCGGGGGCUGAUCCUCUUCAUAAAGGGAAAGAAAAUGUCAACGCAUAUGAAAACUGUAUCAUGUCAGAAGAAGUGGAAUUAUUGGAAGUAUUGCUUCAGGAAAAAGGUUUGAUCUGUAUCACCGAUUCAUUAUUUUCGGAUUUCUGGAACUUGUCUACUAGAUGUGAUGGGAAAUUAUACGAAAGAGUAAUGCUACCGAUGCUUUCCACAAAUGACGACAUUGAUCUAAACAGGGAAAACAGUUCAGGAGACACACCUCUAACCUUUUUCUGUCAAAGGAAUGCAACAGAGGUGAUAAGUAAACUUCUGGAGAGAGGUGCAGAUAUAAAUCUGACUACAACUACAGGACGGAGCGCUCUUCAUUCAGUACUCGAUUUACCAGAUAACCCAACAAAACUGAGUACUAUUGCAGUUUUGAUGAGUAACAAUCCGGACCUGGAGGGAAAGGAUGCAUCUGGUGAGACAGUGCUACAGAAGACGAUAGAAAAAUACUUCGGUCUUUACAGAUACCGCGGAUCUAAAUGUUUAUGUACGUUUAUGGAGCACUUAUUGAAUGCAGGUGCAACUUGUGAUCAGAGCGACUUGACUUCAGUGUUACAGUCUGCAUCGGAACGACAGCAUUUCUCAUUGAUGACAGCGGCAGUCAAGAGAGGAGCAGAUUUAUUCAAUAAGAAAAAUGGAAAAGGUGUUUUGCAUAGGUGUUGGCCUCAGACGUUCAAAGAUGAAGUUGAUUUGUCGAGUAUGUUAGAGGAAUGUAUAGCAUACAUAAACACCCACAAACAGCUCGGAGGAUGCCUGGAUGAAGUUGAUGACAUGGGUAAUACGCCUCUUUUAGCGUAUGUAAAAUCCGACCUGUACGCCAAAGGAAAAGUGUGUGAAGAUUUGAGUGAUGAAGUAGUUGCGUCACUUGCAACCAGCAAAGAUGUAGUGUGCAAAGCUGAUGUAGCAAACGUAUCUCCCCUUCAUAUUACUGCUUCCAGGCGACGCUUGAACUCGAUGAAAAUUCUGGUGAAUAAAGGAGCUGAUUUGUUUUCAAAAGACAAAGUUGAAAACUCAUGCCUUCAUAACUGCCUUUUUUCAAAUGAGGGUCAUCUACAUGUAGUUGACAUGGUUAGAUAUAUCCUGGAGAAUGGAAUUUCUCCUAAUGAGGACAAUAAACGUCUGGAUACAUCCUUGUUUUUGAUCAUCCAGAGAUCAGAGUAUCACACCGAAGAUGACGUCUCAACAAUUCUUGAACUCUUGAUAAAACAUGGAGCAAAUCCGAAUCAGGGAAAGUCUUAUAGAAAUCCACUCGUAACAGCAAUACAAAAAUUUGAUAUCAGAUCCACUGCGAUUCUAUUGAAGAACGGAGCGAAUGUAAAUGAACUGUCCGAGGGACCGACAGCGCUCCAUGUGCUAUACAGAUGUUUCUCCCAUAGCUACUCUACAAUCAAUGAAAACAUUUAUACUAUGCAACGUUUGCUGCUAAAAAAAGAAAUGAAUUUGAAUGCUAAGGAUAUUGAGGGGAAAACUGUUCUUCACUUGGCUGUCAUAGCCUUAAGUAAGAGCUCAACAGAAUAUACAGAAGCUGUGAAACUGAUUCAGGAACUCAUGAAACGUGGCGCUGAUGUCAAUGCCACUGACAACAGGAAUCUCUCCGCUCUUUGUAUUUGUUGUAAAUCUGGUUAUUGUAGUAAGACUUGCAUCAAACUUGGAAAACAUCUGCUAAAAGCCGGAGCGGAUACACUGAAAGGAUGUACCUUAAACCUUGCAUUAAAACGUACGCCGAAAGCUGACCUCAAGGAUGAAUGGAAGACAUUUAUUUUGCAACUUGUGGCAAAUGGAGCAAGUACAAAUGCAAGAUUAGGUUCUUCAUCAACGCCGAGUCUAAUACUAGCUAUAAAAGUAAAAGAUAUGGACAUAGUAAAAGCGUUACUGGAACAUGGUGCCGACUCGAAUGCUUUUGAUUACAUUGGGACAAGCCUAAUUCAUGCAUGCCGUUUGCGAAAUGAAGAUGCAAAACAUAUCAUAUCCCUUUUAUUGCAACAUGGAUGCAGCAUCAAUGAGAGAAAAACGAUGGCGUCAGAAUAUACUCACAAACGAAACCCACUAAAGACGCUAGUGAAAAGAAUGAUUGAAGAUGAUUCCUAUGUUCGAAUUUCAAGGACAAGUGGGAAAAUGACAGCACAAAUUGACCUAACACUGUUCAAUUUAUUUGUAUGUGGUGGAUUCAAGUUCUUGGUUCCUACUAGAGAGCGAUACACAGGAAGUUCAGUCCUUGCCAAAUUGAUAAAAGCUGGAUAUUUUAAGGCAGCAGAGAUUCUGCUAAGAUGCGGAUACAAUUUCAAAAAAGAUGUGGAGUUUGAGAACUUAAACUUUUCAUCAAUUGACGCCCCAACUAUUCGUAUCCAGGGGAAAAGAUACAAACAAGUUAAUCACGAGAAUGCCAAAACUAAAUUUCAAGACGUGAUAAAAAAAUGCGAAGUGGAACCUUUCUCAUUGGCCUCUCUUUGUCGGAAAACUACACGGCAACAUUUAGUAGCUGUUCAUAAAGGCAGCGAGAUAGAAACAAAAAUAAAAUCGCUGCCUUUGCCAAACAUAGUCAUAGAAUAUCUGAAUUACAGAGACUAUACCCAGGAAUAUGAGGAAUUUGAUGUAGAUUAUGAUAGCAAAUCUUAAACCAGCAGUGUUUCUAUGGAGCAUCUGCCUUCCUAUUUCAGUAUUCUAUAAAAACCCUGUAUAAUAUCAAUUUUCAUACUAUGAUUUCGAGGACGAUUAUGAUUACUACUACUAUUCUUCGGAUUGAAGAAAAUUAUGCAUUGAACAAUUUGAUUAUUUUCUUCGUGUAUCUUUUUUUGUUGUUGUUGACUGGUGUGGACCAGCUUGGCUAGAUUAGAAGUCACAGCUAGAAUCAACAACUGGAGAAUUUAAGAAUAUUCUGCAAAAAUGUAUAUAUGUCUUCAAUUUCUGCAUAGAUAAUGAAAUCAAACUAUCGCAUACAAGAAAACGUAACGGAUUUCUUUACCAUGCAUUAUUUUCGGAUUCUAUGAUUUAAAUUUUUUCCGUAAUAAUCUGGGAACGGAAAAGGACUUCGUUGAAUUUAGAAUUUCGGUGUUGUGGUCUUGUGUUAAUUUGAACGUUAGAUUAAAGAUCAUAAGCAAUAACAUUUGAUGCCUAAAAAGUAAGCUCCUUUUAAGUCCUGAAAAUAAUAAGAUAAGUAAUUCGAACGAAUUUGCAGGGUAAUUGGCACUGCAGUGAAAGGUAUCUUUGUAUAAAAUUAUCAUAUACAUGUAUCUACUUUUGUUAAUGACGUCAAUAAAGCACAACUUGCUGCAUAGUUUAUGAUAAAAUUAAGGAUCUAAUUUGAUAUGUUAU